AUGCCCACCUACGCCGACCUCUGGAAUGAGCAGCAGCGCGCGUCGGGACAUUUGGGACCGUCUAACCCUGUUCGUCUCACCAUAUCCAAAGGCGAGUACGUCCUUGAUCCUCAGACUGGUCGUUUCCGCUAUGACGAACACUGGGAAGAGGAGCAUCUCAUGGAAGACGAGGACUUGAUCGACGACCAUCACUCGAAUGCAUCUCCGGAUUAUGGCAGCGCCAUCGCUAGUCGCGCUUCGUCGCCUCGUACGAUGACGGCUCUCCAGCCGACGCCUCUGCACGGUCACCUGUUGAACUUGCAACAUAGCCCUUCGCUGUGGGUGCUCGACACAAACACACUCAUGUCGUGCCUCGGGCUGCUCAAGGCGCUUUUUGCUGCGCUCUUGACUCGCAACGUAGCUUUUGCAGCAGCAGCAGAGCAGCAACAGCGUCUCGAAUCAUCGCAUCUUCCGACAACGCCGUCAUCCAUCAAGCUCGUUUUGCCUCACGUCGUAGUGUCGGAACUCGACAACCUCAAGGUGACGCGCCGUAAGGACGAUUCGGGUCGACCCGUCGCAGCACAAGCCCGGGAAGCCAACAAUUGGCUAUUGGCCGCACUGCAGAAGCAGAAACGCGUACCUAUCGGUGACUCAGGUGCUGCUCUCUCGGACGACCUCUGGCCUCUCUUUGUUCAGCCUUCGAGACACUACCAUCAGUCCAAACGCAACCACCCUGCCGGCGCAGGUCUGGACUUUCUGGAGCCGGACGACGAAAUCAUCCGGUACUGCGUCGAUCUCAAAGAAGGAACAGGGUCACACGUCCGAUUCUGCUCUGACGACACCAACGCACGCACCAAGGCAGAGACCGACGGAAUCGAUUCGUUGGGCAUGCGCGAGCUCGCCAAUGCACUCAAAGUCAGCUUCAAGGACGUGCAGAGCGGCGAGCAAAAGUGGAUGCUCGUGGCGGAGGCCCUGAUCGAACAGUGGGAAUACCAGAUUGGUCCCACGGGUCCUUCGACAGGUCAAGGUCGUCGUCAUGACCACGCGCAUCUCGCGCGUUCCGAACAGACAGGGCUGCCGUCGCAGUGGCAUGUAGCGACAUCGACACCCGGGCAACAGCCAAACCUCAGAGACGAUGCACAUGCUCGCGGCCCAGAUGUGUUCCACCAACAGAACAGCUCGUUCGCCAACAACGAGAUCAUGGAGGUCGACAUGGAUUCGGAACCGCGACUUGGACCGAACCCUGAUUCGUCUUCCUCUCACUUCGUGACGUCAGGCCACCGCAUCUCCCACAAUCAACUUUCGCCUACAGCGGCAGGACGUGGCACCAACGACAGCAUCCAUAGUCCGCAUCAUGCCCAGCAGACGGUCAGCUCUCGGUCCGAUCGUACACGCCAGGUCCCGGUGCUCUCGCAUUCGGCUACAUUGCCAGCUGCAUCGGCCGCGACGAAUCAAGCAAGUAGCCUCAUCAUGGCGCGACAGCCGGCCAAGCGUCGAAAAGUAGCGACACAAGAGCUCGACGUUGAAGGCGAUGAAGACUGGCAGAGCGACGAGCUCUCCUCCCUUGGUGGCUCGGACGACUCCGAAUCUGGAUCUGGUUCCGGCUCAGACUCGGACGACGACGAAGAUGACGUGAUCGACAUGCUGAAAGAUCCUUCCACUUCGAAAAGCAAAAGCAAAGAGAAGACGAUUGCGGCUAGCUCAGGCGUGGAAGUGGUCAUCCCGAUCACAGGUCCAAGCGGAGAGUCACCGCGCAAACGCGGUCGACCAAAGAAAGAACCCGAACCAACAGUGCCCAAGAAGAGAGGCCGUCCAAGAAAGUAUGCGCCAGGAGAGAAACGUCCUCGUCGAUCAAGACGCAAGUUCAAUGAGGAUGGCUCUGCGAAGAAACGCGGUCGACCCAAAAAAGUGGUCGAUCCGGAUGCUGUCAUGAUGAAGGUACCAAAGCGAAGAGGUAGACCGCCCAAGCCAGCCGGAGAGGGUGCAGAGGAUAACAAGCCUGCCAAGCGCAAGAAGAAGCGAGAGUUCGAUCUGCUUGCCGGACUCGAUCUGGAAUUUGAUGAUCACGAUGGAGCAGGGAUCGUUGCUGCAGGCGGAGAAGACGACGACGACGAGUGGCUGGAUGAAACCGAUUCGCCGAGAAAGCAGGAUGACAUUCUGGCAAGACUCAGAAGGAGAAUCUUGUACCGUCAGCAAGACGCAGAGUUGGCCGACUUUGUCGACAACCUCGGCCCAGACGGAGAGGCGAGACGAUCGACUCUCAAAACCGAGGAUAACGACGAGGCCGCGGAGGCCAUCGAUCAAGGCCCUCGCCCCAGUCUCCCGUCGCACAGGCUUCCGCUCGUGUCCGAUGUUCCCUCUUCCGAGAAACGCAAAGAGCGCCAGCCAUUCGAAUCGCACAACAACGAUGGAAUGUCGGCGUUGGCCGAAGCCGCCGCUUCUGCUGCUGCCGAGACAGAGGAGCAAGCGAAGCAGGCAAAGGGGAAAGGACGACCGGUCGGAUCUAAGAAUCGCAGGCCUGACUGGGAGAAUAACCCUCUUCUGGCCGCGACACGGGCGCAUACAACUGCAGGACGAUAUGGUCUCAACAGCGUCGACCACGGCUCCUCGCUAUCGCUCUACGGCGCACCAGCUUCUUCCACCGCCAAUGGCAGCUUCGGCGCUCCCAGUGGGUCAAACUUGGUCAAGCCAACAUCUUCCGAUGCAUACUUUCUCUUCAACACCUCGAAACGAGCGCGUGGACUGGCAGGAAUGGGCAUCGGCACCUCGACCUCGCUCAUCUCGUCCAAGCUUCCCGCCUUGGAUGCGCGCAACCUGGAACGCGUCGUCGCAGAACACACGCGCAGCGGCGAGUCGAUCUCGGAUGUCGCGACGUGCAUGUAUAGACACCUGCUGCCCGUGUACCUGGCGCAACUUCUGGCAGGAUACUCGAUCAUCUUUCACGGCGUGGGAAGCAAGACGGCGUUGCUGGUCGAGCUGGUGGGCAAGCGAAUAGAGGCGGAGGGGGAUGCGGUGGGCGUGGUGGCUCAAGGCGCGAUGAAAGGGUUCAAAGUUGAGGACAUGCUCGCGGAGAUCGAAAGGGCGGUGGGGCUGGGUUCGUUGACAUUGACUGCGAACGCAGCGGGUAGGGCGAGUGAGGAGGAUGGCAAGGCGGGGACGACGGUGGUGUCUACGCUUACGGCAGCGAGGGCGGAGAGGAUUGUGAGACGCUUUUCCAGGGACGACAUUGUGGGACCGACGAAGCUGUUUUUGAUUCUGGAGACGGUGGAUGCGCCAGGGAUGCAGUCUUUGCGCUUCAAGAGCAUGCUCGAGACGCUAGCCAAGUCGAGCAAUAUCCACAUCAUGGCGACUACGGAACACGUCAACUCUGGAUUCAUCGCUUCGAGCACAGGGCAGCAGGCAUCGACAGCGUCUCGAUCUUUGGAUGACUCGGCAAUGCCAGACGUGCAAGAGGACAGUGAUGUCGAUGCAGCCGGCAGUUCGAGGAGGAGCGGUCGACUGCGUUGGAUCUGGCAGAACAUGUCGACGUUCACACCUAGUCUGGACGAGAUGCUCAUCAUGCGGUCGAACCCGGCGUUCGCAUCGUGGAUGCCCGCUCUGCCGGCGUGUCUGGACCUGAUCGGUUCGGCCGCCUCUCUCAAUUCUCGUCACACGCAACCUGCUGGCGCCUCUUCCAGCUCUGCACUCAACGGCACCGACGCGCCAUCCAACAUCGCCUUCUUCAACGGCCUUCAAGUCUCGGACACCUUCCGCACCGUCUCUGAAACUUCGGCGAUCUCGAUCCUCAAAUCCGUCACUACGAAGGCGAGAGCACUGUUCAACCUGUUGGCGAAACAGUCGCUUGCAGCAAGCGGCGAAGCAGCGACGGAUGGUGGUGGUGUGGGAGGAGUGGCAUAUGCGGAUCUGUUGAACCGAGCGAAGAGGUCGUUUUUGGUGUCGAACGAGUCGGACUUCAAGUCGCUGCUGAUCGAGUUCAAGGAUCAUCAUCUGUGCCAUGUUAGCAGGCAGGGGGUGAUCUCGAUCGGGUUGGCGGAUAGGAAGGUGCUGCAGGGGGUGUUGGAGAAGUUGAAGUCGAUAUGA